GCGGGGAGGGAGGCGAGGGCCGGCGCGGCGCAUGCGCGGCGCGACACCGGGCAUAUAAGGGGCGACCGGGGCGGCGCGGGAGCAGAGCUGGGGCGGCGGGAGCACACGGAGAGCGGGCACGGAGCCUUGGCCUCUUGCCUUUAAACCACCGACCCUCCUUCCUCAGCCGUCACCAUGGUGAAGAGCGUGGGCAGCCUGACUGAAUUUGAGGCGGAACUGAAAUCUGCUGGCGAGAAGCUUAUUGUAGUCGAUUUCUCCGCUACAUGGUGUGGACCAUGCAAAAUGAUCAAGCCUUUUUUCCAUAGCUUGGGUGAGAAGUAUGGCGAUGUGGUGUUCAUAGAAAUUGAUGUGGAUGAUGCCCAGGAUGUUGCUUCACACUGCGACGUGAAGUGCAUGCCAACGUUCCAGUUCUACAAGAACGGAAAGAAGGUGCAGGAGUUCUCUGGGGCCAAUAAAGAGAAGCUGGAAGAGACCAUUAAAAGUCUAGUCUGAUCUCCAGCCAUGGAGACAGUGAAGCAUGACUGCUUCGGCUAAAUUAUAGCCUGUAACUUUUCUACUUUAAAAAAAACAAAAAACCCGAAACAAGCUAGCUAGGUUAAGUGGAUAUUAGGUGGAUAUUCUCCUCUUGAUCUAUACAAAGGAGUACAAUAAAGUGUAAAUUCUUCACUUUUGGA